CGCUCGAGAAAGGGUUAACUUUGUUGUUCUUUCGAAGGAGCAAACCAAUAUCAAAGUUUUGUCUAUUUACAUUAUUGUUUUUAUUCGUAUUUGCAGUAAAGCAACUGGUGAAGUCAAGAAGAAAGAAUGAUAUAUCCUUAAGCUUAAAAUGUAAAGAAAGAAGAAGCGUGCGACGUUUGAAAGAAAAAAGAAGGGAGGUUAAGGAUAUUUUCGGAAAAUUUUCUCCUCUGGCUUUUUAAUAAAAAUGAAGACGUCCUGCGAGGAACACGCGAAUGUCGUUUUCAUCUUCGUCGCAUGAUCAAAAAUGUCGGCGUACAAAUCGUCGGGAAGAAAAUGUUCGGAUUCCUCGGUAAAAUAAAUGCUGUGGUACCUGUAUGCGUUACACGCUAGUCAAGUAAAUCGACGAAGGAAAAAGAAAAGCUGCAUUCUUUGAGAGAGAAGAAGAGAGAGAAAAGGAAAGGGAAGAGAAUAGAAUAGAAUAGAAUAGAAGAGCCCCAGGAAAGUUUCGUCUGCUCAAACCUGUUGCUUGGCACGUGCGUUUCGACAAACGAUUUCCAAUUGAUUGGAUACCUAGACCUAUUAUCCUACUGCAUCAUUGAAAAAUAAAAAAGAAGAUAGCGUCGAAUUAUAUAUAUCUAAUAUAAGAUCAAUUUAUAAUCGAUCACGAUCAAAUAUAUAUUUAUCAUUGUAACAUUUCGCGUAAAUUAAUUCGUAUCGCGUAGUUCGACGUGUGAUCAUUUCGGUUCCAAAAUGACGUUCAUCGGUUUAUUUUCAUUUUUGACGGUUCGCUCGAAUAAUUAUCGCGAAUAUUCGACUUUUUCAUUAGAAACGAGGAUUAUAAAGAUGCCGAUCGAUCAGAGAACAGGGAUUGACCGCAUCGUUGAGGGCAUCGUUCGUAAAACUAACGUGAGAUUUAAUGGAGACGGAUAAUCUCUUUGUCGAUGAAAACUUGUAUUGUAGAAAAGGAAAGGAAAAAAGACAAAAUAAACGAUGGAGACCCUGAAUGCGAGUGGUGGACGUCUUUGCCUUUCGAUGGAGGAUCAGGAGAUCCUAGAGGAUCCUAGGACGCCGACCCUCAGAAGAAUCAGUUAUAGUAUCGUUCUACCUGCCAUCUGUUGCUUGGGCAUUAUCGGUAACAUGUUGAAUCUGCUCGUACUUACGAGGAGAAAUAUGCGGGGCACUGCUUACAUUUACAUGAGAGGUUAUUCCGUGGCGGCUUUGCUCGCAAUCCUUUUCUGCAUUCCAUUUGCGUUCAGAGUUUUCAUUCAUAAAGAGACGGGACAGUGGGACAACUGGCCGCAAGCUUUUUAUCAUGCACACCUCGAACUCUUUCUUGGAAACGGAUGUCUUGGUGUCGGAGUGAUGAUGUUACUGGCAUUGACGGUUGAGCGUUACGUGAGCGUUUGCCAUCCAGGACAACACACGCGACCACUUUGCGGACCGCCGCAUUUGACUGUGGCUCUUAUUCCUCUAGCCACCUUUCUGCUCUAUCUACCCAGUAUAUUUCGUAGCGAAGUAACUACUUGCCUUUUGGCUCCUGGAGGAUCUCUCAUCUAUCAAAAAAGAGAGAAUACAUCCUUUCUACAUUCCCUUUUCUAUCAGGUAUAUAAAAUAGUACUGGAAGUAGUUUUCAAGAUCGCGCCAACGAUACUGCUAGCGGGUUUCAAUCUGAGGAUCAUGGUGGUUUAUAGAAGAUCUUGCGAGAGACGUCGUCGUAUGACUUUGUCAAGAACGGUGAGCAACGAUGAAGAUUCUAGAACGUUUGCUGAGGAACGAAGGUUGAUACUUUUACUCGGUAGCACCAGUAUACUUUUUCUGGUAUGUGUCAGCCCGAUGGUCAUUCUUAACGUCACUCUGAGCGAGAAUAACCUCAGUUAUUUUUCUUAUCAGGUUUUUCGUGCGUUGGCCAAUCUUCUGGAAGUCCUCAAUUACUCUAUCACUUUCUAUAUUUAUUGUCUCUUUUCGGAGGACUUUCGAAAUACCUUGAUGCGUACGUUACAAUGGCCCUGGCUGGUCAAAAGUGGACAAGAAGGACGAAGAGUACCUAUGAAACGUUCGCCAUUGGCAAGACCCACCACGACGACGACUCCGCCUACAACCGCUGUGCCAACGCCAGGUCAUUUGACACGUGCCAGCGUCUAAUGAAGAAAACAAGUGUUCGAUUUGGCCGUUUAAUCCGAUGCCCGAAGAAACAUUAUCCUCCUUUCUUGGCGAUUUAACAAAACUUAACGUUUAGGUAUCCUCGCAUAUGCAUUGCGCGACUAAAACAUUUUUAAACAAUAUCGUACUUGCUCCUCGAACUCCAUCAUUUUUCUUCGGGUCUUUAGAUAGUAAGUUUUUAUAUAAGAAUAAACAAGAAAAUCGACUGCCAAAGACGAUAAUGUAUACUUUACGCAAACUUAUUUCUCUCUUUUAACAAAGUUAGUAAGAGGAGAAAUUAAUGAAUGGUACAUAAUCGUAUUUAACUUUUUCCUUACUAAAGCUGUUUGCUAUAUACUCAAAAUGACUAUAUUUUAUAGUCACUUAACCAAAUUCUGAUUGAAUAAAGAAUCGUAGGUAAACAUUAGAUAUAUCGAUAACUUCAAUCAAUGCUCUUUAUUUGUCAUUCAUUAAAUAUUGAUUUAAUAGAAAUUUGAAAAACUAACUAAUGAUUUAUAUAAUACGACAAAGAAUGAAAUGUUACAUUUUGUGAUAAAAUGAAAUGUGACAUUUUGCGAUUAAACUGUCUCGAAAAAUGGCGGUGUCUGGUGACGUGUACCCUCCGCCGCACAAUGAUCCCGAAAAAGUAGCCAAAACACCCAAAAAAGUUUUUUUUGUGACUUUUAACAGUGGGGAUAUGUUUAGUGGACACCGCGGAGUCUUUUUCAACUAUUUACUAUGAAUAAAUGCUUAUGCACGCGCAUAAUUAAUUAUCAAUUAAAUUAUCAAUUAAAACUUGAACGUUGAGUGCACCGCAUUUAUGACUCGCUGCGCCCCCAAAAUUAUGGUCUCUAUCAAUCGCGCAUAAUACAGUUAAUAUUUGUCUGAUUUUAAGAUAUAAUUAUGGAAUUUUUACCUGACAGUUAGUACAAUUUAAUUAUGUUUAUCAAAAUUUACAUAAAUAACAAAUGUAAUUGCAAAUAAAGAGUAUAUUGCAACGUG